AUGUAUAUCAUUGGAAUUGGAAUAUACUAUUUUGAUAUUCCAAGAUAUCACAACUUCCCAUAUCCAUUCUCCACACUAUAUAGAACCCUUCUAAACCCAUACUCAUUCACUCCUCAAUCUUCAUUCUCCAGUCUAAAUAGUAACAUCAAUGCGCAGCCGAUUGAAGCAGUGAAGGACAUCAACUACUCAAAGGAUUUGUGGAAGAUUGUUGUUCGUUGUAAACAUAUGUGGACUGUGACAAGUUCCUCCAACAAACAGCACUUGGAACUCAUUUUGAUUGAUUCAUAUCUGGAUAUGAUUCAAGCCUUUGUCCCACCGCAUUUGGUGUCAAAAUACUUGGCUGAACUUGCUAUAGGAGGGAAAACAAAAUUACCAGACAUUCCUGUGAAUUAUUUAAAUAUUAUUGGGUUGAACACCAUUGUUGAUGGAAAGUUUCAGUCUAAUUUGUUGGUUGACGUUGUUGGAGGAGUUACUGAGAUUGUGCAGACUCAAAUCAAUGUUGAUAAUAACAAAAGCAAGGCUGUGUUUAUAAUAACCGAUAUGAGCAAAUCUUUCGUUCAGUGUACUUUAUGGGGACAACUGGCUUUGCAGUUUUAUGAAUAUUACAAGACUCAUAAUGAAGAAGGAAAUGUUGUUGUUCUAUUGCAAAAUGCAAGGAUAAAGGGCACCCAAGGUGGUUUCCCUUUGAAUGUAUCCAACACAUGGAAUGGCACUAAGUUAACUAUCAAUGAUGUUAGCGUCGUUGAAAUUAGUAAGCUGAAAGAAAGUCUUCAAAAUGAUUUGCCAAAGUUAUCGCAGUCUACCUUGCAAGUUGAAACCACCCAAACCUCACAGUAUUCUGAAUUUGAUAAGUUUAUAUGUAACGCGGAAAUUCUUAGUCUAGCUGAAAUCUCAAGUCUUCAAUAUACAACAUGUGUAACCGUUGUGACAUUGAACAAAUUUGAGGCUGGUCAGGCGGGGUGGUAUUACGAUGGUUUUGGUGUCUGCACAAAAGGUGUGUCUCUGAAGGAUGGAAAUUUGAAGUGUUAUGCGAAUCAUAUAAUGACUGAAACAGUAUCAAGAUACAAGCUUGAGAUUUUGGGAAUUGACGGGAAAUUCAAGGCCCGAUUCGUCUUUUGGGACAGCGACUGUGUGAAGUUAAUCGGAAAGUCAGCUUUGCAAAUGAAGAUUAAAUUGAUAGAGGAAGGUGAAGACAAUCCUUGGGAACUCCCAUUUGAACUUGAUGCUUUAUUGAAAAUGGAAUGGGCUAUUAGAGCUAUUUUUCAUCCAAAGUUUGGAAGACUCUCAGUUAUUGGGUUCAAAUACGAUGAAGAAACACGUAAGAAAAUGCGGGACAAUUUCAAAUUUGAAGAGGUAGCAUUGAAGCUUGGCGUAUCGGAGCCUUUCUCGCAAGAGGAUUUGAGGAGUUUUUCUAUAAAACCAUUGUCCGCAUCUGCGGAUUAUGACCCUUCUGUUGUGAAUUUGGGGCUGACACCGUCGAAGAGAACAAUAACCGACAUAGUAGAAGAUGUUGAAAGUGUUCAACUUUCCUCAACGAAGAUGACAAAACCAAUCAAAGAGGAAAAAUUGAUAUAA